AUAUUAUUUCAGACAUCUAUGCCAGUAGCUGUGUUUUGACAGGUGUGUUUCAUGAUAAUUACAGCAUUUUGAUUUGUUGUUAAUUUAGUACUGAUAUGGACAUAUUACUAUAAUGUCAACUGAUUUUGUUGAUUAUUUUUGGGGGGAGAAGAAUAAUGGAUUUGAUGUUCUGUACCAUAACAUGAAAUAUGGUGCAGUUGCAAGCAAAGAACUAGCUGAAUUUCUAAGAGAAAGAUCAAACAUUGAAGAGACAAACUCCAAGCUCCUGCUGAAACUUGCAAAACAGGCUAGCAGUGCUUGCCCGCAUGGAACAUUUGCUCCGUUUUGGGGUAUUUUUCGUAGUUCUGCAGAAAAGUUGUCAUCUAUUCAUGCACAGAUGGUACAGAGCAUAUCAGAUAUAGUGAAGGAUAUCAACAAGUAUUCGGAGGAGCUGCACAGGAAACACAAACAGGUAAAAGAAGCAGAAGCUGGUACAUUGGACAUUGUCCAGGCUAUUCAGGCAACAACUGUUGUGGUGCAGAAAGCCAGAGAUGUAUUAAUGCAGAAGGUUUUCGAGUAUGAUAAACUACGAAGGGAGUCUGCUUCACCCAAAGACUUGGAAAAGCUUGAAGCAAAACUUAAAAGGGGCCAAGAAGAGUACAAAAUAUUAGUGGAAAAAUAUCGCAACAUGAAAGUUGAUUUUGAAAAUAAGAUGGAGUUUGCGUGUAAGCACUUUCAAGAAGUGGAAGCAGCACACGUGACACACAUGAAAAAUAUUCUUGACACAUAUGCUCAGCUGUUGCUAAAAAACCACAAUGAGAUUGGACAGGUACAUAUUGAUUUUAAGAAGCAAUGUUCGGAAAUGACAGUUGACCGAUUGUUGGAAGUUUUUGUGAGGAAUAAGAGCACUGGCCUGGAGAAACCAGAACAAGUAGAAUGCGGGUUACAAGAAGUUGGAGCAAUGAUGACCAGGCACCAGCUAACUUUUGAGCCAUCUGCAAGAAUUGUGCUCGAUGAAAAGCCUUCAAAGAAAGAAGGUAAUCACGAGAGCGGUGGUGAGAAAACCAAACCAUCCCGUCGCACCACCUCCCUUCUGAACCUCUUCAUGCCUAAUUCCCAGGGGAGCAAAACAAGCAGUGGCAAUGUGGAGGGCGGUAGCCUCCCCACUUCCGCCCCAACGAGCCCAACGGGGGGCCCGGGGCUGGGGGCGCCCUCCGACGGGCAAGCCACUACCACUCUCGCACGCAACCCUUUGCGAGGAUCAAAGUGGUUCCUGCGAAGUAGGCGAGACAAAAGGAAAGAAAAAAAGACAAAAAAGAAAACUGAUAAUUCUGAUAAUGUCAGCAAUAAAGAGGAUAAGUCUGAGGGGAAUGGGUCGGGGGCUUUGAUAUGUUUCAGGGAUGAUAAAGAAGAACAGGUUAAAUCUGACACUCCAACACCUGAAGUUGAUGAUGAUGGCUAUUCGAUCAAGCCCAAGCAGAAUGUUUGGGAAAUGGCUAAGGAGAAUUUUUAUUCCAGCUCGGACACAGAUUCAGAAGAUGAGCGUGAGCGAAAGAUUCGAGUGGAAAUCAAGCCUUUAACCAAUGCUUCAGCACCAAUUAGUGCAAGUGUGGAUGAGCUGCGGGCAACGAUGGAGAACAUUUCACUUUCUUCUGCAGCCAAUACAUCUUACCGGCGCAGUUCUACAACAGAUUCUGAACAGCAUAUGAAGAGGUCACAAUCUGUUUCCCAGCAUUUGGGUGGUCCGUCGGCCUCAAGUGCGUCGACGCCAACAGGAGGGAGUCACCCCUAUGCACCUCUGCAGAGUCCACCCCAGUCGCAGUCCGUGAGUCACAGCCCAGCUCCUACGUCAUCCUCCAGAUACGCUGAUCUUGGAGACCUGUUCACAGAGGUUGGGGAUAUUCAACCUACACUUCCUCCAAAGCCUUGGCGUAGUACACCCACUCCUACUCAAAGUGUACGACCUUUAACGCCCACAGAUGGUCAAAUUUUGUGGUCGAUCCCACGCCCUCCAUCAGCUCAGGGGCAAAGUGGCAGAACUGGAGCCCAGCAAUCACCGCUGACUCCACCCCCACAUGCUCCUCCACCGCCACCAGCAUCCCCUCAGACUCAAACACCACCACCAAUCUCAAGUCCCUCCCAAAUGUCUGACUCUCUAAGUAAUUCAUCUGUGCUGCAAGAUGCACUUGUCGCAAGGACAGGAACACCCACAGAAUUCAGUGUAUUCGCAAAACCGUGCAUUGGCAGCGAUGGGAAAACAAGAGUGAUGCCAUUUGAUGGUACCAUUGCCUCGAGACUGGACUCUCAAACUGAAAGCUCACCGAUGACAAGAUCAGUGACACCGACAGACGUCAUUGUUUCAGCAAAGUCAGGGCUUCCGAUUGAUACAAAAAUGUUUGCAAGGUCUACAACACCGACCGACAGCAUCUUUAGCAGAACACUCCCUAGGCCGCCAACACCAACUGAUGUCACUUUGGCGAGGAUAAUUCCUAGGCCGCCAUCAAAACGAGGAGAGGCUGGUGCUUCCCGUGGCCGUAUGUCUCCAGCCACUAUUGCUCGUGCAGACAGUGUGGGCAGUUUAGAGUUCCGAUCUGCUGGGGUGUCGACUAGUUCCUCCCGAGGACCAUCUCCGCUCACCAUCGGGAUGGCUGAUACCAUUCCAGUUGCAGUUGCCUUCCAUGAAUUGAUUCAUACUUAUUUUAAAGGAACAGAUGAAUCAAGGUGUCUUGUUAGAAUGUCAGGAGACAUGAUGAUGUCAUUCCCAUCUGGUAUUAUAACAGUUCUAGCUAACAACCCAAAUCCUGCUCCGCUGUUAUUUCGCAUCCGCAACACUGAUCACUUGGAAGUGAUUACUCCAAAUGAGCCCAUUGUUUCUAAGGAUGCAAGUCAGUCAAGCAGCAAUAGCUGUGUCUUUGAAUUUAAUAUGACUGCUCUCACCACACAUCUGAGAUGGCAGGCAGAAAAAAAUCCUGCUGCUUCAUACUACAAUGUGGAAGUCCUGAAAUAUAAGGUGAAGCCAAAGAAAGGAGCCGGAUCGUGUCCCUUCCAGCUUGUUGCUUACUGGAAGUGUGAGCCCACACGUACGUCAUUACGCAUUGACUACAAGUACAACUCCCAUGCAAUGGCAGCACCAUCUCCUCUGCUCAAUGUUGUAGUUUCAGCUCCCGUUGAAGGUGGCUUCGUGUCUCUACAGGCAAACCCAAUUGCAGAAUGGUCACCAGAAAAUGAACGAGUUGUUUGGAAAUUGACUGAGCUUUCGCAGUACACUGAAAACCAUGGUGUUGGGUCUCUGCGUGCACGAGUUGAAGUGCUUUUGGGGCCUAGUUCUCAAGGCACCGUUGCUGUUCAGUUCAAUUGUGAAGGUACAACUCUUUCCGGAGUGGAGUUUGAGCUUAUUGGACAAGGUUACAGGAUUUCUCUUGCCAAGCGCAGAUUUGUCUCAGGAAAAUACAUUUGUGAUGGAGAUCCACUUCCCUACACUGGCUAGCAUUUUUGGAUUGCAUCUCCACCAGCAGGCGUACUCAGCGUCAUGCUGUUGUUUCAAGUGCACUUUUGUAUAUUGAGCCAAAGAAAGACCAGUCACCAGAGAAACGUUGAACUCUAGUGCAUCAUUUUUCUUGUUAAACAUGUACAUGUGUGUACAAGUCUGAAUGUUCCUACGGGUUAGUUCAUCCAAGGAAAAUGUUUGUAUUUAUGAACUGUGCUUAUUAAUGUACGUAUAUUUAUAAGCAGCAAUAUUAAUAAGGGUUCUAUAGUAUUGAGAUCAAUCCAUAUGAAUUAACUGGUUGCUUGUUAAUUAAAAAAUAUAAUUUUUUGUGUGUACUCACCGUUACAUAACUAUAUUUUUAACCCUCUACAAUUAUUUAUUCAUUUAGAGGUUAUGACCACUAAAGGUGUAUAACUUCAAAAAUUACAUAAGUUGCAACUCUAGACAAUUACCAGUGUGAAUUUAUGGAACUAGUAUUUAGCCUUGAUACAUGCACGCUAAUUCACCUUCCGUAAACCUAGGUUACAUUCAUGAUAGCACGCAAACAGCAUGUUAAUAGCACAAUUGCACAUGCACUGCAAAGAAGCAAGUUACAUCUGCACACAACACUGCAGUUUGUAACAUAACAACUGUAUUUUCCUCCUUAUACUUCUAAUAUUUUUUUGUAUUUUGUCAGCUACUAUUGUAUGAAGCAAUUGGUUAUCUAAAUCCAUGCAUGUCAUUUUGCCAUUUUGUUUUUAACAACUAGGAACAAAGCUGUCUUGCAAAUAAAAACUAUAUUCAAAUGAGUUUCGCUUUUUAUUUAUAUUCAGAAUAUCUUCUUUCAAAGUUAAGAAACAAUUAUGUGGGAUUUGGAGUUUUUCUAGUAUUAAUUUUCAUACUCCCAUCACCAACAAUGAAAAUCAGUCUUUUUAUAUGUGUAACACUGUGGUGUAAAACAUACACAACAUUUCAACAUGUCGCUAAUGACAAUAUCAGUGGAGUGUGGCAGUUGCAAACAAAAUUUUGAAAAACAAACUGUUACAAGUAUCCCCAUUAAAAUUUAGCAACAUGUGAGAAUGAUUUAAGGUGGGAUUCAAAUAUAUUUAUUUGUAAUAGCUUGUAUUUAAUUUUGAUAUUAAAACUCUUGCGAUGACAUCAACGUUGUUAUAGUUUAAAAUAAAAACUUAAGUUGAAAAAGAAACCUGAUAAAACCUUACAUUAUAACGUAUUUUGAAACCUAGACAAUUCCAAAGUUAAAAAUAUUAGGAGUUUCUUAAAAGUUGCUUGAUUUAUGUAUAUAAUUUUACAAAGUCUUCAACUCACAUAAAUCUAUUACGUGUUUCUAACUGAAGAUGUCACAGAGCUUGUAUUUCUCCACAACAGGUGAACAGUAUAUCCCUUGAACAUUAAAAGAUACAGUUAAAAGUUUACUACAUACAUUUUAAACUCAAUGCUAGAAAUUAACUUCAGAUCUACAAAAAAAAUUCUGUAAUAAUUUGUGUACAUAGAUAGGUUUACAAAGUUUAUUUACACUUUUAAUACCUUCUUUUUGUGACAUAACCAGGUUACUGUUCAUUAGAAAACAUUUCAAAAUGCCUGUCUCUUUAGCUGGGGAAAUUACAGAACAUUGGCUUGAUUAUAGCUUUGCAAUCACAAGUCAAGAAUAGCAUUUUCAACAGAGAUUUCACAUAAUAGAAUGUCUCACAGCUAGGAUAUGAGCAAUAUCUAAAGUAAUUAAUAGGUCAAAGUCAAAUAUCUGGUCCUCACUAACAAAUUUUCAAAGGUGCCUGUGUUAUGUUGCAAUGUUGUGCAUAUAAAGGCUUAAGGAAACUGCAAAAUGUAUUUUGUUAUAUUACCUGCACAUUUUUUAAGAUGUCAAGUCAGUUACUUUGAAAGAAUUUCAGAAUACAAAGCAUGUAAGGGCAUUCACAAAAAAGUUAUAUUUUCUAAAACAAAGCAACCAAUUUUAUUAUUUUUGGACAACAUUAACAUUAGGCUGUAAAAAAAGAGGGUAGUAGUUGUUAGAACCACCUUGCCUCAUACAUAUGUGUAAAUAUAUAUAUAUAUAUAUUUCAAUCUAGACAGUUGAUAAUUAAACAUUAAUUAUUGAGAGUGGAAUAUUUGUGAGACGUUUAUGUUGAAAUGGUGGUAAAGCUCGCAUUUCUGUGGGAGAAGUAGUGAAAUAUUUCCUCUUAGUUUGUUACUUUCAGUAGCUUAUUUUUCACAAGGAUGUAUAAAAACAUAUAUUUUAUACUUCCAAAAUUAUAUUCAUAAAUCUUUUAUAUAGUUAUUUUCUUAUAUGUGUUUAUUUACAUUCCUUGCAAUAUAGAUUGUCUGCAUAUAUCCAUUUGUUCAAUAUUUAUGUGUGAAUUCUUUUGAUUUUACUGUCAAGAAAGCACAAUUAAAUUUUCAUUUUCUUUAGAAAUUUUUGAUUCCAACAUUAAAUGUUUGUUGUGCUGACUUCCACAUUGUAAGACUAUGUUAUUGUUUGUAAAUGAAUUUAUAGCUCUAUUUGAAUUUUAUAAGGGAGGCGCAAUCAAAAAUAUGAAGAUCUGUUUUACUUCAUAAUUUUUUUUAUUAUGUACUAGUUGUGUUUUAAGUAAGUUAUUAGUAGAGACUUGAAUUUUUUGCAUUAUAUGUUUUUCAUUGUUUUUGUAUUGUAAGGUAAAAAAAUGGUGAGCGAGCACAUAGUUCAGGUUUGUAAGUUACCUGAUGGUUAUCUGAAUGUUAAUUCUACUGUUUCCAAAAGUUGGUGCUAAUGUUAAAAUGUCCAUAGUAUUUAUUAACAGCUCAUUCUAAUUAGAUGAAAAAUAACUCAAGCUCGUAAAAAUUAACUUGAAUCUGAAUUUUUUUUCUCUGUGUUACUGCUAGCCUUGGUGAACAACAUAUAAAACUUUUUGGACUUUUUUUAUGUUUGCAUCUAGCUUCUUAUACCGUUGAAAUUUUUAAGGCCAACACUUGCAGUAUUUUACGCUUUCUCACGUUGUUAUGCUAUAUAUAUAGUAGGUUGAUCAGCAGGCUGUGAAAUUUAGGAUCAUGUGACCACUUUUGGGAAUUUAAGAAUGUGUUUAAAGGGAAAUUUUAUAAGGGAAUAUUGAAUCACUGUGUAGAUUUGAGGAAAAUUAAUAGAGAGAGAUGAGUUGUAACAAUUUUUCGGUCGAGUGGAGUCAAUCCGAGUUAAGUAAUAAUACCUUCAAGUUGAGUCCACACUUAAUUUUUUUUGUUGAGUUGAGUCCUGAAAAAUCAAGUCAAGCUCAAGUAUUUGCAAAACUUUUUGAGAUCAAUUGUGUAUGUAAUGUAUCAUUAGCAUGACAGUCAAGUCCAUGUAUGCUUUCUAGAUUACAGUAGAACCCCGAUUAUCCGUGUUAAUGAAGGGGACGAGCGAGUCCGAUAAUCGAAAAUCGCGGUUAGCCGAGUCAUGCUUGCCUCAGCCAUCUGUGGACAUUGGGAGAUUACAUAUACAUAAAUAUACACAUGCUUUGUGUGCGUGUGCGUUGUUGACAUAGAAGCGGGCUGCUUAGUGCUGGCCAGCAAUGGGUUUUAAGUCUUUCGUGUGCGGAGACGUGGGCACGCGAGUCGUUUUUGUACCGAGGUGUGUGGCUAGCCGCCCGGCCAGUCCGAGGGCCCAAGACAGCUGAUAGCUGCCAAGGUCACGCAUUCUUUUCAUCGCUCGUAAGCGACGCUGCCACGCUUCGCUCAAUGCUCUGUUGUCAGUAGAGGUGUAAAGUAACGAAAAAAAGCGUACCCGUAUUUAUUCGUUACUAUAACAAUUAGUACUCGUUACUAUCGUAUCGUUACGUUACUCGUUACUUCUGAUACCGCAUAACAUGCUAUGUUAUGUUACAGCAACGAAUCGAGUCGUAUUGCGUACGCGUACUGUAUGACGUCUCGUAAAUAAUUAAUUGAAUAUAAACAAUUGGCAAUAUUUGAUAAUUAACCAUUUUUGUUAAACAAGAAACAAUUAAAUCUCAUUAGAGUGGCUUUAUUACGUAUAUUAUCUCUGUUAAGAACAAAAAAACGUGAAAAUAAGCGACAAUAAAAAAACAAAAAAAAAUGCAUAUUUCUAAUUUGUAAAAAAUACUUUCUUACGUUGUUUCUGUUCCAAUCUCAAACUUUGUCUACACACACAAUACCUUUAAUAAACAGUAAAAAACUUGGACGACAAAUUUCCAAAUUAUACUUUACUUAAUAAACAAACAUCGUUCUUUGUAACGUACGUUUUUAAAUUCAUUGAAUAAGCGCGCGCAUGCGUAAAACAUACGAAAAAUGUGAGUAACGAAAUGCAUUCGUGUGUAACGAUUCGUUACUCGGUACUAUAUGGCACACCCGUUACUCAGUACCGAAUACAUACGGUUUGCUACAGCACUAGUUGUCAGUAACACCAUCGGGCUGGUUAUUGUUUUACAGAAUGACUGCCUUUAAAAUUCUUUUCGAAAUAAGAUUUUUCAUACCAGUGCAUUGAGACUUGAUUUCAUGGUUUUGAAACUGUGUCUCUGUCUCGUAUAAUUCACAGUGUUUUUAUCCCUCUUUAUUUAUAUGAAUUUUAAAUUUUAGAUUUUUUUAUUUUUUAGCUUGCUGAACGUGGACUUGGUGCAAAAACGGCCUAUUAUGACAUAGGGUUGCAGAUGGGUCGGAAAUCUUAUAAUGACCACCUCUCUAUUACGGCCCUAAUCUCGGGAACCGUGAGGGGUCGUUAUAUCUAUUCUCCGUUCACUCUUAGCUGAGUUUUGAAAUAAACAAACACCGUCGUAUCACUGGACCACGUCAGCAAGUGAUAGGCUGAAUUUAUCUUGCGUGCCAAGCACUAGUUGCAACCCACACACUUCAGUACAGUCGGUGCUAAUAAAAUAACGGAGAAGUAAGCUUGAUGGACAUAAAUCGCGGUUAAUCCACGAAUCGGAUGAUCGAGUCGCGGAUAAUCGGGGUUCUACUGUAUAGUCUAAGUCAAGUAAAGAAGCAAAAUAUAACUAUCAAUCAUUCCAAUUUAGGAUUUCUUUUAAAAUUGAAUAUUUUAUUCCUACUCGAUUCUGGAAGACUUGGUAGUUAUGAAGGCCUUUUAAGUCUAGGAAAAUUGUGAGGUUUAGUGAAUUUAAAAUGAUAAAAUAUUGAUAGUUAUAUUCACAUGUUUUUUGUAUUUUUAAUGAUUUUAAUUCUUCAGUUUCGCUAGACUGUAUAGCCCUCCUGACCGUCAAUUUUUAUAGAAACCAGUCUGAAUUUAAAAAUCCUCUUUGCAGGAUACAAGCAACAUUAGAAGUACUCAAAAAUUUCAUUUACAGAAUUUUUUUUUCUAACAAAGCUGCUACGUUUAUUAACGCCAUUCAAUAGACAUGCCUUAAAAAACUGCACAUUAAGUUAAACAUUACCAAAACUAAAGAUGUAAACAACUCAGUAUUAUUGUGUCUUUUCUUUGCCCAUUUUCUGGUUAAUAAUGACUGUUCCAACUUCAAAAAUGGCAUUACUUUGGCAUUUUCAAAUGUCCAUUCGUACUUUUUUUUUUUUGUAAAAUGGCAUUAAACUAGGUGAAAAAUACGUAAUAAUGUUUGUUUUGAGCUAUGUCAAGGGGAGUAAAAGCGUCAGUUAAAUGUUGGAAUGUUAGCUCCACUAAACUUCGUUCUGCAACGAGUUCGCAGGUCGUUAAGCGGGCAGUAUCUUAAAUUAUUUUUCUUCUAAUAUCUUGUGUUUUUAUAUUAUUUUUAAUAAAUGCCUAAUAUAACCAUAUUUAAUUGUGCAUGAUUUUAUGCUUGUUGCACAUCAAACAUGUAUCGAGUUUUAAAAAAAUAAUGUUGAGUUUCGUCCUGUCGAGUACAGUGAACACGGUGUUUGAGUCAAGUCUAGCUGGAGCUACUCACUCAACUCUGCUCAAAUUUUCAAAUCUUGGCCCAUUUAUAAGAAUCUGUGAUAUUUUAGAUGCCAUCAUAACAGAACCCAAAAUGGUUGCCUACUUUUCAGCCACAGUUCUUGGCCUUAAAAUUUAAUUUCCUAUUAAUCAUGUAAGCUGUGUAAAAUGAAUAUAUGUGAGGCGAAAAGCAAAAAGGGACCUCGUUUUGCCAAUUUUCUGUUAUUUUUUAUUGAUUUUUUGAAUUAAGCUCUAAAUUCUGAAAAAUUUGGUGCAAAAAUCAUGUGUGUGAUAUUUUUUUUGUUUAAGUAAUGGUCAUUUGAAUUUUAUUAAAUGAAAAUGGGCAUUUUGAGAAAAACACACUUAAGAAAUUUAAAACAACACAGAAUCUUUAUUUUUUACGUUUAACAAAUAAUUCAUUAUGAAAUAAAAGCUGAAAAUGAACUCUUUUAAACAAAAUAAAAAUAUAUCUCAUAUACUGAAAUCUUCAAAAUUUUAACUGUUAGCAACGCUUCUUUGAAUGUUCUGGAAUGGUCAUCUGAGUCAGUACCGCCAGCCCGGUCAUCUGGUUCAUGUUCCACAGAAGGUUUAGGUUGAGUACAUAACAGGUCCUUGAACUCAUCCUUGCAAUACUCUCUGAUGUUUUUGUACGGUUACUCUUUAGGUUUCCUUGAUAUUCCGUCUGGAAUUACCUCUUCUGCAAAGCCGUCAGGUCCAUUUUCGGUUUAGAAGAUCUGGUGUAUAUACUUGUUUCCAGCUAUCUCUGUUUUGCUUUGAACUUUGCCAUUGUAAUCACUAUCAAACUUGAAGUGGUUAUAUUGGGUGAUAUGGGGCACUUUCUUGGCACCGUUUGUGUGAAUAAAUUGUAGCCAGUCAUACAUUUUUAUGGCAACUUUGCCUUUCUUAUUUGCAACUAUUGCAGUGGAAUUAACUUGUGUUGUGGGUGUUUACUGAUCAAUGCAAUUGACUAAUUCAGACAGAGAAGAUACAUUGGUAAGCUUGAAUUUUUUUUCAAAAGUCUGAAGGACCAAUCGCAGGCAAAUUUUGUGUGGCAUGAACGACAAAACUAUUUUUUUGGUUUUUCUGUUGACAUAUCCUCAAUGCCAAGUACCCCAGUAAGAUGUUUUUUUCUUAUUUUGUACUAUGCAGUUGUCGGCAUGGAUAAACAUAGUUUGUUCGGCAAAGUGUUAUUUUCCAGGUGGUGAUAGAACAGGCUCUCAUAAGAUUGGAACCUUUUGUUGUAAUGGCACACUCAGGAAUCAGGUAGUUAACUUGUUUGUUCGUUGUCUCGCACAUCACACCAAAAAUACCAACUUUAAAUGGCACUAAGAAAAAGAUAGGGCCAGACUGCAAAGGAUUGCUAGGUAUGUGCACUUGUGCCAUAUCAAAACUGUAAUGUACAGAAGAUUUGUCAUCAUUUUCUAAGCUGUCUCUAGUUUUUUUAUAGCAUCGUUCUGGUACUUUCUUUCCGUAGAAACAAUCUGCAGAUGGUAGUCUCAGACGUGUUUGGUACACUGUACUGCUUCUACCUGGCAAUAUUAUGGCUUGCUGUUCUGCAAAAUUUUUAAGAAAUUCAACAACCAACUCAGUAUCUAAAGAAGACGUCACAUUCUUUUUCAUUUUUUCUGUGUUACCGUGCUCUUUCGCAACCAAUCCUGUAGUGUUAUACAUUUUAGUUAGAUGUUACAGUCUUUUAAUUUUGAUUUGUUGACCAAACAUAAAGGUGUGUUUGCAAACUGACUUUCCUUUCAAUAUGUAACUGGUUCGUGAGGUUUUCUCGCUGUAUUUUUUUUUCUCCGUACAAGAGGUUAAUGUGGAAUCUAAUGUGAGUGAGCAAAGUUGACCUAAAAUGACUUGUUCUAUGAUAUUAACAUGGUUAUUUUAACGAUCAAUCUCAAUGCAGUCAUAGCACAAUUGCAAAAAUCAUUAGCAGAAAACAAUUUUCUACAAUUUUCUUUGCAGCCACAACCACUCUCUAGAAAAUUAGUCACCAAAUUAUGGUCUUUUAAACAUCAUAAGUGUUGACAAAAUCAAUACAAUUGUUAACUGUAACCAAGUCGUGCCCACCAUCAUUUUCAUCAACAACCACUUGUUUAGCACUUCUUGCCUCAAUGAAUAACAUCAUCAUCUACAUCCAUAAAAUUUUCAAAGUUACUUACAGAAAGUUGAUCCAAUUUUGGAAUAUUUGUUAAGAAUGAAGAGUCUGAAAUGCUUAUAAAUCUUCUCGUCCAGACAGCUCUUCAUUUUCACUGCUUUCAUCACUGCUUAAACACCUUUCAGUAAAGUAAUCAGCAUUAUAGUCUUAAUCACUUAUAUUUUCACCACCUAAUCCUAUAUUAUUUAAAAUAUUUAACACUUUUUAUUCAGUAAUUUUUUUUUAAUUUCAAAUCAGGCACAACACUCAUGUGAAAAGAUUUCAAAACAAAAUAACAACAAUGCCAAGUGUAUAGCUCAGCUGAUUGGUUGACAUCUGUUUGCACGGUUGCCAACCUAUACUUGUGAACAAUGUUCAUAGGAAAAAAAACUACUCACGAAUUCAUUAUGAUGAUAAUGAUUAUUAAUAGCUGAUAAUAAUAAUAAAUAUUAAAUAAUAUAAUAUUAAGUAAUAUAAUAUCUAAUAACGUUAAUGGCAUAAUAUAUGCAGAAGAAUAAUAUUAGCAACUUUAUGUGGCUAAUACAUCUAUGAAGGAAACGGUGCCUGAAGUCGGGGCACAAAUUUUUAUGAUGUGAUGUAAGUUUUUGGACAUACGCCAUUGCUAAGAACUUUUUCUGUUGAAGAAAAACUAAAAAAUAAAAUAAAGAAAUAAAUAAAUAAAAAUACCCAAAAAAAGACAAAAAACGCACAAAAUUAAGCAAACAAUUGCUGUUGUCAACAAGGAUAUUAACACCACAAAAUAUUCCGAAACAGGAAUAUUUUCAACAAACAUAGAAAAACAAAGAAAAAUGUACUAAGAGAACGGAAAAAAAAAACCACAAAUGAUGACAACACAAAAAUAUUGAACCCAAAAUAAUUCAGCACAACAGUUGAAACGAGACAAAAACACGACAAAACGAAAAGAAAAACGAACACAAUAGUUUUACCAAAACAGAAACAAGCGACGUUUCGGGAAGUGCUAUCUGCUCCCAUCCUCAGGCAGAGACGCACAUGGUACGGAAACAGAAAAAGUUCUUAGCAAUGGUGUAUGUCCAAAAACUUACAUCAAGUCAUGCACUCCCAUUGCACAAAUCUUUUAAAGAUAACACAAAUUUUUAUAAUCAGAAAACAUUCUUCUGUUGAGAGAAGCCCAUUGUAGUUUCCUCAAUUGCUAAUAGAAUUCAGGAGAAGCUGGUUUUUAAAGUGACACAUAGUUGACUAUUGCAUAUAUGAAAAGGAACCUCUUGUUGGUCCCAUGUUAUUUCAACAUAAGCGACAAGAGGUGGUACCUUUUCCAGGGCUGAACAUUGACUGCUUUAUUGAUUAUUUUAAGUGUUUCAUCCAAUUAUAUCAGUUUUUUUGCUUUCAUUUUCACAUAUUUAAGAAUAUAAAAAUUCAUUACAAUUGAAACAUACCUUUUUAAUUUUUUUGUGACUUUAUUUUAGUUGUUAGAAUGUUAAUCACUCUAAUUUUAAUUUACAUAGAGCUGUUGCUACUAACUAACCUAAAAUUGGUUGAGUACUGUUCUCAUUAGAUCAAUUAGACCUUACCCAGGAUGAUAGUGUAUGAUGUAUCAUUAGGGUUUGUAGCUGUAUGAACUGAUGUUCACAAUUUUUAGUAAUUCAUUUUUUCCACUUCUGGCAUAAUUUACAUGUACUUCUGGGCAUUUAAUUACAUCUUAUGAGCGAUAUUUGAAAUCUACGUAAAAUUCUGAAUAAGUAUGGUGAAUUUCAUGAUUAUACAUUAAUAACUGUUAUCACAAAUGUAAAUUGAAGAAAGAUGUGUCACUCGACUUUGGUUGCGGGUUAAAUAAAUUCCACCAAACAGAGGGAAACUUUGAAGGGCUUUAAAUUCCAAACUAGAGCCAAUAUUCCAACAAUUAAAAAUAUGGUUUCUAAUAUUUAUCAAGAUAGCAUGUACCAAAUUUCAUCCAAAUCUGAGAUGGUGGAAUGGACACCCCUGGAUGAUAUGGCAUGGAAUGCCCCUUUUGUCAGCAGUGAAUGUCUUUCCUAGCAAAGUUGCUACUUUAGGCUAAUUCAUAAUCAUGUUUUUUUGUUUAACUUUUGUGUAAAUCUUUACUUAUUUAUGCACUUAUAAGAUAUUUUUUUCAGUCAGAACACCCAUAUGUAUUAGAAUUAUUAGAAUUUAAUUUUUUAUUAAUCCUUACAUUUAUAUUUACUUGAAAAUAUUUUGACUGCAGUGAAAUUUCUUUGUAUCUACACUAGGUACUUAAGAAGUUAUAACCAGUAAAAUGUAGGAAUUUGUGCUGAGACAAGAAAUUGGGAUUAGCUAUAAUUUAUUUUAAUUGAAAAAUUAUUCUUAUUCAGUUUUCAGUAUAAUUUUGACUGCCACUAUUACUUGUGAAUAUAGUGGGGAAAUAUUAGUAUUCGGAGCAUAAAUUUAUCAUUCAACUUUGUGUGCAUUGGUUUCCUGAACAUCUCUGUAAGGCAAUUAAAAACUUCAGGUCUCUACAUGACUUUCUGAUAUGAAUUUGUAAUGUAUUUAUUUGUAUGAAAUGUAACUUAUAUAUUUGUCACGCAUGUAAAAUUUUAUGAUUUAUCGUAGUUUGUUUUAUUUUAGUUGACAUGGUGAACUCUAUACUACACUGUGGUGCUAUGUGCCAUCUAUUUGGUCGAAUUGAUUCACAAUCAAUGACUAAAGCUUUAAUUUUUUUGUUAAUAUUUAUUACUAACAGGCAUUAGCAUUAAGGGAGAAAAUGUGUCCAAGAUAUUACAUGUGCAAUUGUAUUGAGGCUGCUAUCCUGUGCAUUUAAUUUUAUUCCAGUAUUUUCAACAUACAAGACAUUGACUAAUUUGUUUGUAAAUAAGUUUGUUUAGUAUUUUUGCAAUGGACAGAAGCAGCAGAAUGCAUUUCUUUCUCAGAAUGUAUGUAUGAGAGUGUGUAUUAUGUUUGUGUGAAUGAAUGCAAGGUGUAAUGUACCUACAUGUUUUUGUUUAUUUCUUUCUUAAUGUUAGUUGAAUUACCUCCAGUUUCAGUAUGUGCAGCAAAUUCUCUCUUGUGAUUAUUUUCUGAUUUAUUUAUUAAUACAUUUAUGAAGUAUCUAUAUAGAUCAGUAUGGGUUAAAAUAUGUCCAUUUGACCUCUCUUUUGAAAAUGGGUUCUAAGUUUUGGUAUUUCAUUCAUAUAAUUUCUAUCAUGACAAAAACUUGAUUUUUUUUUUUUUCUGUUCAGGACUGAAGCUUUUUAAAUAUAACAAGUUAGUUGAUCCAGAAUUUUGAGUUUUUGUGAACAAAAAUACUUUACAGUAAAUUUUAAUUUUUUUCAUUCUUUUAAAUUGUCAUGUUUAAAAGAUUAUAGAGUGCCUGUACUAUAAUUGUGAAGCAAAUUCAACUAAAAAAAUUAUUAGGUACUAUAAGUUGACAAGAUGAAUAGGUUUUAAUAGUUUAUCAACACAAGUAUCAUUCAGUGCAGGUUUUACAAAGUCUGGUUUUGUUCUGAUCAAGUAUUCAUUAAAUAAUAAACCAACUUACAGAGUCAGUUAAGGAAAAUCGAAACAAAAUCAUUGAUCCUAUUCUUUGUCAUGAUUUUGUAAGUGGCCCUUAGUCAGACUUGCAUUGUAAUGACCUGUUGCAUAAGAAAGUAUUACCUACUCAAUUAUAUUGUCUUGCAAAGUUUAUGCUUCAAUUUCUUUUACAUUACUGCCAGCGUACCUAAGUCUUAAUUAGCACUAUUUUUUUUGUUUCUUAAGACAUAUGGUUAGUUGCAGCAAAUAAUGAUUAAUUUGCUUGUAACUAAUGAUUUUUAUUAAGGUUGGUUCUACAUUAUAGUUUUGUUUCAAUAAAGUUCUGAUUAAAUUAUAAGUCUUUUUAGUAUCAUUUUUUGUUUCUUAGUGUAUGGUUAGUCGUAAAUAAUGGUUAUCUUAAACGCAAGUAUAUUUUCAAUUACUAAAUUAAUCAAAACAUUUAAAUCACAAAUUUUACCACCCUUGAUCAAUUUGAGAUUGUUUUGUAUCAUUAAUUCUUACCAAAAUAUUUGUUGACUAGAAUGGUUCUAAUUAUUUGCUGAGUUGAAGUUAUGAUAUAUAAAAUUGUUUAAUUCUGAUAUUUUUCUAUUCAAAACAAAUAAUUUGACUAAAUUUAAUUAAACCUCCCAUUUACCUCAUAAAUAUGUACUUGGUAACUGAACUGAUGCACACCACACCGAACAAUCAAUAAAAAAUAGUGAAUAUUUUAAGAAUGGCAAAAUUAUUUUGCAAAUAAGUGACAAUAAACUAUUCAUAAUUAUUUGCCUUGAAAAAAUUAUGUUUUUUAUUUUAACUUUUGUGGUAAAGAUUAGGAAUAUUAUUGAGAAUCGAGACAAUAUUGAAAAUUUAAACACAUUUAAAGUUGAAGAUAAAUGUUACAAAAUUAAUAUAUUUUUAACUCAAUGGCUAACUCUUUAGAAACCACAACAUUGAGAUGAUAUAUUUUGAUGUCAGGGGAGAUGUGAAUUCAUUUAAAAUUGAGGGCCAUCACAUGGAUGGGCACGUGGACCCAGCUGAAACUCUGUACUACAAGGUGGUAAUGUGACCUAUGUGGGCGCUAGGCUCGAUUCCUCCCCCAGUAUCUGGCCAUGGAAACUCACCCACUCUCAGCAUCGAGUAUGCUACAUACAAUGACAGGGUGUCUACAGGUCACGAAAGUAACGAAAAAGUGACGAAACUUUCACCUAGGUGACGAAAGUAAUGAAAAAGUACCAAUAUACAUUUUAAUGACCCAAAAAAAAUUGUUUUUACAAAAAAAAUUUGCUUAAUACACAGUGCGGUUUGUCUACAUACACAACGACCCUUCAUUUUAUCAAUAUGCAGAACUGGACAACGAAUCGAGAGAUCGAGACAAAAAUGGAAGAUAUAAUCUAUAGGGAAGCGUCGGGAAGCCUAAGAUGUACAUCAAGUUCUGUCCCUGCCCGAACACG